CGCAGGUCCAACCGUCCAGGAUGGACCCCUGUGCUAAGCCCCAAUGCCCCCCUUUAGCUGAGCUGGACAACGAGGCGGGCAAGCGGGCCAUCACCACGGCGCAAAUAAACAUGGCCCCAGUGAGUCAAUUAAGGUGAAUCUCUGGGAACUUUGCUUUCCCAUUGCCUCUUUCGCCUUUUUCAACUUUCCUUUGUUCCAGCUCCCGUCGUCGCUUGUCUGUUGCAGUCGCAGUCGCAUUCACGAUCGCUGUGUCUCUCGUUCUUCCGCCUCCCCCGCUCCUCUCCCCCGCAAAAUCAUGGCCGAUUCCCCGAGCCGCUCCGGCAGCCUCCGAGUCCGCCGAACCCGCGGCGGACCAUCGCGAAACUCCUCCGCUCGCUCCUCGGCCGCAUGGGAGGACUACUCCUACCUCCACCCCUCGGGCAGCUACCAGCAGCAGCAGCUACCGCAGCAUGCGCAACAACAACUCCCCCACGCCCUGCGAUCGGCAUCGUCGCGAUUCUCCCUGAACGAGCAGUUCGCCGCCACGCGACAAGAGUACGAAUUCGGCGACGACGACGCCUCCUCCAUCCUCGAGCGCAUGACGCUCGCCUCCGACGUCGGCGACGAGAGCACAAUUGCCGUGAGCACGGGCGGCGGCGAUGCGACACAAGAUAUCGAUGGCGCCGAGGGCGACUACUACGACCUGCUCUGCCUGGCCAAGGACCCGACGCUGACGCCGGACCAGAUCCGGAGGGCGUACCACCGGCUGCUGCUGUACCUGCACAGGGACGGCUUGCCCGAGAACCUGCACGGCGUCGCGCAGCCGUACUUCAACCAGGUGCAGAGGGCGUUCGAGACGCUAAUUGACCCGUACCGACGGGCGCUGUACGACGCGGGCCGCUUGCGGGACGUGACGAGUGCGCUCGACGUGCCUAUUGACGAGGACUACCGAUAUGCGUAUGAUAUGUCGCUCAAGGAGCAGCUGCGGUUGCGCGCGGCCGACGUGAUGCAGACGUCGUCGGAUCUGGGCAUCCGGUUCGAUGCGACCAAUGCGCUGCGGCGGGGGUCUGCUGUGACGCCUCUUGACUUUACUCUGAGUCACUCUGUGACCGUUGGUUUGCCGGUACUGGGGCGCUGGAUGGAGAGGACGGCGACACCGAAGGCGCAGCGCGUCUCGUCUACGUCGAAGCGGGUGCCUUCGAUUGCGCUCAACGAGAGCGACGAAGCUGGUGUUGACCAACCCCGGGAGUCCAUGAUUUACCUGCCGCCCCCACAAGUGACGUUGACCGGGUCUGUGUAUGGCAUCGUAGAGGAGAUCUACCGGGUCCCGUUGCCAAUUCUAGCGGACCGAUACCAACCAUUACUACCUCUGACUAUACCCCGUAAACGAAUCAUCCAGCUGGCAGAGCAGCGCCCGUGUCCCCUCAUCAGCCUCAAAUUCCGACAGGACAUCAUCCACAGGACAGCCGAAGACCGCAUCGCAAAGACAUCGAUUGAAGUAGAAACCGAGGCUCUACCAGAGGCAUCUCUAACAGCCAAAAUCUCACACCCAAUCCACCUAACAAACGCCCUCCACCCGAUACUCCUCGAGGGAAGCAUAAAAGCAGGCCGGCCAUGGACGCAAUCCGCCCCCCGCAUCGGCCUGGGUAUUCACCGCUGGACGGGCGCCGGCACCGCCUACGCAAUCGCGGACAGCGGCGACUGGAGCGUCUGGCCCGGCGAGACCAUCAAGCUCUUCACCGACUUCUCGCAAGUAAGCAAGAAUCAACUCCUUACCGAGUUUCCCAUGAAGACGUCCGCAAGCUUCGAAGUGGGCUACACCACGUCGCCCGAACGCGUCCCGUCCACGGCCCACGAGGAUUCCCCGCGCGGGGAGUACGGCAUCCGCGGGCUAGACCACGAAUCCACAAUCGCCAACGACGGCUCGUGGACCGUCUCCGCCUCUCUGACGGCAGAUACCAUCGGCGGCUACCUCCGUUACGGCAAAGACCUGCCGGCACUUCUCUCGACAUCUAGCUCGAACCCCACCGCCCCGACCAGACUCGAACUCGAACUCUGCACAAACACCCUCCUCGACCGCCACCUCGCCCUCCGCAACCUCUGGCCCGUAGGCCGCUUCUCCAAACUCGGCCUCGAGCUCGGCGUAAGCCUGCACAGCCUACACCUCUCCCUCUACUGGUCGCGCCUCAGCCAGCGCCUCAGCAUCCCGCUGCUCCUGUCCCCGCGCGCCGAGUUCACGCCGUCCGUCUUCUUCUACGCGGCUGCCGUGCCAUUACUUGCGUUCGCCGCGCGGCACUUUUACUCGUCGUACUCUGCUUCAUCGGGGCGGGCAAAACGCACUCGCGGGGCCAACCUUGGCGAGGUGGACUUGCAGGCCUACAUCGCACGUAAACGGGCCGCGGCGGACGACAUCGCCGUCGUGCUCUCCGGCGCCGUGGAGGCGCGGCAGCGCGUGGAGCGGCAGCGGGGCGGGCUCGUCAUUCUUAGCGCGAAGUUCGGCGUCAGGGGUGAAGGUGGAGUCGGGGAGGACGGCAACGGCGAUGACAACAACGAGAACAUCGACCCAGACUGCUGGGCCGCGGAAGAAGUCGCCGACGUCACCGUCGCAGUAGCAGCGCUGGUGGAGGACGGGAGGCUGCGGAUCCCGGCCGGGGUGAGAAAGGCCUCGCUGCUGGGGUUCUGGGACCCGGCGCCGCUAAGGCGGAAAGCGCUCCACGUAAGGUACCUGUGGCGCGGGAGGGAGAGCACCAUCGAAGUCGCGGGGCGGGAUGAGCUGGUUCUCCCGCCUGCGAAGAGGGAUUUAUCGUGA